AUGAAUUCUCGCCGGCGAACAUACACGGCUGAAAUUCCGACGUCGUUUUUCCCCGAAUUCAAUGUGCAAGCACUUCCAGCACCAUACAGUAUAAACGCUAGAGGAAAUCGUGGACCGAAGAUGAAUUGUAUUAAAGGAUUGUGGGAUCUAAAUAUCCCCUCAGAGCUCCUCCAAGAGAUUCUUUUCCUCCUCAGACUAAAAGAUAACAUACGAGCUUCUGUUGUAUGCAAGACAUGGUUUAAAGCAGCUGUUUCUGUCAGGAAGCUACAGCCUCGUCCUUGGGCUUUUUAUCCACAGAAUUGUCAGAAGACGGAGGAGACUACAUUCUUUUUGACCCAUCAAAAUGGUUGGUUGCUUGUGCUAAAAGAUGUAUACACGGAAUUAGUCUUACUUAACCCGUUUACCUGGGAACACAUCUACUCACCCGCGUUGCCACUCAAUUCGCAGGCCAUUGCUUAG